AGGAGUUGAGAUCCUCGACAGUUUCUUUGCAGCCGACUUCAUGAUACACCACCCAACAAGGCGACCAACCAACACUAGCAGCAUUAUCGGCAACACCAGCAAAACAACCAAUAUGGACAUUGAGGACGAAUCCUACGGCACCAAAUACAUCAGGUACUUGAACAAGUUUCGGAUAGAAAAGACCAAAGUUGAAAAGGGUAAAGACCUCGUGGACACCAUUGUCGAAGCAAUAAAUGGGUCACCCGAAGUGGUGGCGGAGUACAAGGUGCGGGAGAGCAUCUUGGCUCGCGCCAUUAUUGUACAGGCACAGAUUGAGGCUGGGAAAAGGGACCGGGUGCAUGGUGAGCGGUUAGCCGAGGAGUUUGUAAAGGCGAAGAUGGACAAUGGGCUCUGGUACAGUAUCCAGGCGCACUUGCACUGUAGUGACAAUAAUGAAGAUGCCUCUGCUGGUCGUAGCAGUGGUGGUGGCAGCAGCCCCGUGGUUGGUGUCGAUGAGUUAGAGAUGGCUGUGGAGCUUUUAUUUAUUUUUUCGCACUGGUCGCUCGCAUUGAAGCGCAAGGAAACUGUGGCGCCGGGCGCGCAGUCGCUGUUGCGCGCGUGCUUGGCUGUAGAGCUUUUUUCGCGGUAUGCGGCGCGUCAAUCACAGCCGUCUUUGUCAUCGGCAUUGUCGCGCCGGCACCACCGCGCACACGGCCACCAACAGCAACAGCAGCAGCAGCAGCCUGAUGUCGGGAGGCUGCAGCGGAUACGGCUCGGACACAAGGCGCUGCACUUGUUGGACAUUACGUGGGGAAUUCUCAUAGGGGACGAGGCCGAGGCCAUGCGGCGGCUGAGUGGCAGCAGUAAUGCUGAGGAUGCUGGCAGCAGCGUGGCGACAAGGGGGCUGCGGCCCAGCGGCUUGGCUCGCGAUGCGUUGAGGCAGAUCCGCGACAGCUGUGAGCGAUACCCGGAGCUGAGCGCCGAGGUGAACAACGAUAUUGAGCGGCUGCUGCCCUUUAUUCAUCCGUUUGACGGGCACUUGACGCGCAGCGCGCAGCUGGGCCGGUUCGGGCCGAUCAGCAGCAGCAGUAGGGAUCAGAUCACGGCGCAGCAGACUGCCGAUGCUGUGCAUUCGGUCUCAAUGCCCAGAGAGUCAUUGGCAGAGGGUAGCCGCGGGACUGUGCCGAAGGCUGCAAGAGAGGCUGUUGCCGCGUAUGUGCAUGCGGCGCAAUUGACGCGGUCAGAGCGCGAGUACGGCGAGUGGUGGCGGCGGCUUGUGGGCACGCGCGGGUGGCCGAUGAGUCUGACCAUCAAUGGCGGCGUGCGCGGCAACGACAUCAUUCUCAAUCCGCUGCAACAACAACAGCAGCAGCAGCAUUUUCACGGCGGCAUCAUCGAGGCCGAGGACAUGGCAGCAUUGGAGCUGGCAUUGGACAAUAAGCUGGACCCGUGUGGCUGGCCGCCUGGCACCGAUUCUGAACCUGGCGCUGGUGCGCGCGCGGCGUUCUAUUGCGCGCUGUUUCCACUGUUGCCUGUGCUGUGUCGCGCGCUUGUGCGCACAAUUGCUGCGUGGGCACCGGCCGAGCGCGAGCUUAGUGCGGCGCCGGCGCCGGCAGGGCUGGUUUCAGAGGUUUCUGGGCUGGGCAUCAUUGCAUACCCAAAGUGGGAGCUACCGGCGUCAGCAGCAGCUGCUUCUGCCGCUGCUGCCACUGCUCACUUGCUGGGCGGUUCCAAUGUCCAGCGCUUGGACCGCACAGCUAGCAGAUCUGCCAGCAGCUCCAGCAUCAACACUGCCAGCAGCAAUGGCAAUAGCAGCAGCAGCCGCAGUGCUAAGAAUGGCGGCGGUGUUGUUGUUGUGGCGGGACUGGCGGCACGGUUGCUGACGCAAUAUUCCCAGUGGGAAGUCACUGGGCGGUUUCUCAUGCGGCUGCUGGCAGGGCUGCAGGCCAACCAUAUUUUGCAAGUGGGGUACGUGGCGCAGUUGCUGGUUAACGAGAACAUCAUUCCAGCCAUAUUUUGGUGGCUGGGGACCGCCAAUCUCCAGCUAGGAAUCAGCCUUCCAUUGGCUGUGCGGCGCCGCAGCUUUACAGCCGAGUACGCGCUCGAGCUGCGCCGAGUGGACCCGCAAGCCGUCCAGUCUUCAUCAUCUUUCUUGUCGUCUGCGUCAUCGUCUGUGCUGCCGGCAAAGCAGAGUGCACUUUCCUGGCGGCCGGCGCUCCAAGGACUAGUCGACUGCUGCCGGGUGCUGCACCGGCUGACUGCGCACGAUGGAAUGCGCAAGGGGUUGCUGUACAAGAACAAGGCGCUGUAUUUCUACUCGCGAGUCAUGUCCGUGCCCCUACUGCCCCUGCGCCGAGUGGUCGCUGAGCUGUACCGGGACAUUGUGCCUAUAUUGUCCCGGGCGAAGAAAAUGGCUCAUAUGGAUAUCCUGUCUUGCGUAUUUCUUUAUGCUCCGCCGCUGCUGUCAGACUCGUACUGGUUGUCCGAAUAUUUUGUGGAUCCACUGGUCGAGAUGCAUCGGCAUGUGGAGCUGCUGAGGCUGUUGCAUUUUUAUCAUUUUGAGUGUUUUGGGCUGUUUUUGCCGCAGAGUUCCGCCCUGUUUCCGUCAUUAGUUGCUAGGGUUGUUGACUUGCCUCUGAAACCCGCUGAUGCUAAUACUGCUAAUACUACUUCUGCUGCUGCUGGAGAGAUCAGACCUAGGUCGGUGCCUGCCGGGAGGCACGGCAGGACAGCUAGCAGCGGGAAGUAUAGAAGACCUGGGGUGGUUACACCGGCGCCAGCCAGCUGCAGCUUGCAGAGCGCGUCGGCCGCGGGUGUUUUGAUGAGCGAACAUAGCUGGAUCAAGUGGGAUUCCGAGCUGGAAGAAACACUGAAUCAAGUUUACAUCAACAAGUCAUAAAAAAGCCCCUUUUGUAAUUUUUUAUUCGACAUUCUGUUUUUGAGUUCUUAAUGG